CGACAAACCUUAUUUUUCUCUUUUCCACUAUAUUUUCACCCCUUCAAAACCACCAUUAAUAUAUUUUCUUGGAUCAAAUAAAUUUUUUUUAUAAACCAAAAAUAGUACAUCAAACCAACAAAUUCAUCAAAAUUUUUUUUAUAAUUCACAUAAAAAAUAAAAUUCUCCAGCCAUUUUCGGAGAGGGGUAAUUUUUCCCAUUUUGAAGAUCUAAUAAAUCUUCUUCCCCCACUCCGAAAAUAUAUCAUCCUUAUGAAAUCGAAUUUUUUCGAAAAAAAUUAAAAUUAAAAACAAUUGAAAUUAGGCAUGACGAGACCAAUAAUCAUACCUUCGCCUCCAUUACUAUCUCUGGAUAAACGGCAGCCGCUAUUAUCGAGUCAGGAUUCAUCUCCGUCGUCGUGCGGCGGCGUCCGCGGCAGCAGCAGCGGUGGGAGCGUUGUUCGGAGAGCGCGAUUAGCGGAGGUUGCCGGCGGUACGACGGCGGAAUGUGCGGCGGUGGCGUGUUGUUGUCCUUGCGGGAUUGCGAAUUUGUUGGUUCUAGCGGUGUAUAAGGUUCCUGCCGGACUUUGUAGAAAGGCUUUGAGGAAAAAUCGCCGGAAUCGGUUGAUGAAAAAGGGGCUUUUGCCGGCGUCGGGAAGUGGACAUUGUAGCUGUGAUGAAAUGGAGCUUCAUGCUUACCAGAUUUCUAGUCCGAUUGCGGUGGUCGGCGGCGCCGGAAACCUAGCUACCGAUAAGGAUGCUUUGGAGCUGGAGAAGGAAAUGUGGGAAAAGUUUUAUGGUACUGGGUUCUGGAGAAGCCCAUCUCAACGAAGUGAAAUGUAACGGCUUGGGAUGAAUUAAUGUGUAUAGGUGGUUGAAUGAAGAAGAGGGAGAAAUUGUUCUAUUUUCUUUUUUUGCUCUUUUUCACUCUCUUUGUAAUUAAAAACUAUUUAACUCUUGUAUCCACCAAGGAAUCUUUGUAUUAUAUUCUUCAAUUUCUUUGUCAUAUUUUCAUUUCAAGAAUCAAAAUCAAGUGUAUUGUUCAA